CUAACAAAUCAUGAAUAGUUAGCCAAAACAGGAUAACUUUUGUUUGAUUUUUUUAUAUAAUAGAAGAAACCUACAUGCUUUGGUUGGUUAACUGUCUUGUCUUAUUAGUACCUAAACCACCAAAAAUGGAGUCGAUUAAUGGUGUCCAAGAAUUGUAAGUUGGCUUUAGAAAAUGGGUUUCUCUGUAAGAGAUGUUAGUAGCAGAAAGAAGAAGGAAUAUUUACUUGACAAAAGAUUGUCUGAACUGAAGAAAGUUUUGAAUGCCUUGAAACACAAAGAAAAAUCUAAUCUUAGACUCCAAGAACAAGGACAAAAAGAGGAGGUGAAGAAGAAGAAAAAAGGAAAACAAGAAGAGCCAGAAGAAAAAUGGUCAUCAAUAUUAGACAUCAACUUAGAAGAAGAAGAUCCUUACAAAGAAUUAGAGGUUAUAAUACAGAAGACGGAACAACCGAUAUUCAAGUUACCUUCAUCACUCAAAAUGGGAAACGUGAAAGCUUAUGAGCCACAAGUGGUGUCAAUAGGUCCAUACCAUCAUGGUAAACCACACUUGGUACCUAUGGAAGUUCACAAGAAAAGAGCUCUGGUUCACUUUGUCAAGAGAUCGUAUGUUCCCCUGGCAACCUAUGUCGGUGAACUAAUGGAAGUUGUGGAUGAACUUAAGUUGUCCUAUGCGCAAUUGGACCAAGAAUGGAUUGAGGAUGACAAUAAGUUCAUUGAGCUCAUGAUUGUGGAUGGAUGUUUCCUCUUGGAAUUCUUGGCUGUUGGAACAAAGGUUUCUAUUGAUGAUUACGCUCGCAGUGACCCAAUGUUUAGCUUUCAUGGAAAAACUGUCAACUACGAUUCUGCAAUCAAAGACUUACUGACAGUGGAAAACCAACUGCCUUAUCUUGUUCUUACCAAGUUGUUGUCCGUGGCACGCCCAAAAGAGGAUUCGCAUGAAAUUAUAUCUCAUAUGAUGCUGUGCCACAAUGAAGGUCCUCGGCGUCACAUUCUGGAUCGUUAUGCUGAGAGGGUACUCGAGGCACCAGAUUUGGAGAUAGGAAUGAAAUUACCUACUGGGUACUCAGCAUCCGAGCUCUAUUACCAAUUUGGAAUCCGGUUCAAAAAGGUUAGUGGUUACAAGAGUAUCAGAUUUGACUACAAACAAGCAGUCCUCUUCCUUCCUCCGAUCAUGAUUCACGACGACCACCAGAACCCAUUUCUCAACAUGAGAGCAUUCGAGGUGUGGGUAAGCAAGGAUUUGAAAUUUCAUUCUUUCAUUUACCUUAUCAAAACUCUUGUCAAGUCCGUUAAGGAUGUUAUGCUGCUUCGGUACCAGGGGAUCAUAGUUGGCCCGCUAGACCAAGAGGCUGUUCUUAGGUCGAUUCAAGUCUUCACCAAAGACAUAGGCAUGUUCAACGUCGAUUCCGAACCUAUCGUAGCUCUCGAAGAUAUGAACGACUACUGCAAACAAGGAACCGUUAUGGUUUGGAGAAUGUACAGAAUUUGGGCUGCAAAUCUUUACGAGAAUUACUUUAGCAAUCCAUGGACUGUUAUCUCUUUAGUUGCAGCAGCUAUUCUCAUGGCACUCACCGUAACUCAGACCUACUACACAAUCAUUUCUUACAAGGCCAACAGGUAAAAACAGCUGAGAAGGGUAUGCGCUCUAGCUUUACUUAUUAAUAGUGUUGGUCUUGAAUCUUGAUGUAUGUAUGAAACAUGAUCAGAUUAUUAACAUGAAAUUCAGAGUCACUACUCUAGGUUGAAGCGAUGUACAUGCGCAGCUUGAUUGCGAAAUGCGAGUGUAUAAAGUAUAAACAAUUGCAUUUCUCAUGGGAUAUCAAUUAUGAUGUCGACUGGUAUAUUUCAGGCUGCAAAUUUCCUUGUUAAUAGCAUCUAUCUACUUAGAAGUUUCGAGCUAGAUAUGGUUAUUUUGAUAGGUUUGUUUGCUGAUGAUGCAUGUGGUGUCACUUGAUUCUAUGAUUGGCUGCAUGGCCCAUGCUUUUCUUUUC